CGCUCUGAGCAGAAACCCCGCAACGCGAUCGGAAAAGUUCUCAGAGGCGCUGUAUAAAUUGAAUACAAUCUUUGCUGAGAGAUCGGUUUGGAUCGGAUCGGUUGGGAAUUGACGUUAAUGAGGAUCAUGAAAUGUCUGAAAUUGCCAACAAAUUACAUGCACUAUUUUCUAUCCUCGCGGCUCUCAUUGUGCCCUCACCUCAUUUGCGUAUUUUUCCCCGAGUGGUCUCCGGCGUACUUGGAACUUAUAAUUAGCUGUGAUGAAGACAUUCGCCCGCUUCCGCUUUCUCCACAACCUUCUGAUAUUAUAACCGAUAUUAUUCUGACAUUAUAUGUGGGCCACAAGAUUGGAGCUUUUCAAGGAUUUCAAAACAUGAACAAUGCCAAAGGCGAAAUCACAGAUAAAACCCAGAGAAGCGAAAACAAUUCCAGCACCAAUGAAAAAUUUAUGAGAUCGUGGAAAGGGGUGGGGAGAAGGUGGGUUUCGAGUUCGAGUAGCUUGAAUUAACAUUGAAAUGUGCAAUUGUGGAAUUAUGACACAUUAGCGAGGGGAGGGCGGGUGGCGAGGGGCGCGGAGAAUGGGACAAGUGCUCCAUAUCAGAUACGCCAAUUGAAAAAUUACGCUCGCAUACGAGUACAAACCAAUUUUGGUUUAGCCUAAACGCUUAUACCCGCAAUCAUUCUCUCUCCCACCCCGUCGCUCUCUUCUCUAGCGAAAAAUGGGGUCAAGAAAAGUGUGCACUGCGAGAAAUAUUCUCAUAUGUAGAUUAUUAUAGCAAUAAAAUACACCCGAUGCUGAACAA